CUUGUACCAAGAAGCGCUUGUGUCUAACUUUAAGCGCCCAGAGUUCGUUGCUUCAUCUACAAUUAGCAACAAUUUACCUAGUACUCACUCACUUAGUACCCAGGUUAGUAGUAGGUAAUAAGGGAGGAUAUUUAUGGAUCAUGUGUGAUUCAAUAUUGUCCUAAUCUUGCCAUCUUUGCUAUCUUGUUUAUUUCGCAUUCUUUAUUCUUGUUGGUUACGUUCGAUAUCAUUACAUCGUUACCUAGUAUAUACCUUUUACCCUACAUACCUCUAUACCUAUCUACCUACCUAGGUAGUAUUGUUCAUGCUGCUUCGACGUUAGAGAUUGUAAAUUCGAAGACAGAACCUUGACCUUCCUAAUCUCUACCCCGCCCAUCUGCUACGUCCUCCAAAGUCGAAUUCCUUUGCGCCGUCUUACUCAUAGCUUAAGCGCUAAGAUGGCAUCUGGACAUCAUGACCCCAAGUUGCUAUACGCCAUACCAGGCGUUUUGGCCUACCACCUCGCCUACGGCAAGGAAGAAUCACUUACGCCCGCUGGACCGCAGACGCUAUCGCUGUUAAUGGUCCCGACGUCUUCCCCCUUUGCCGAUCCCGCCUUAGGCAAUCAGGAUGGAGAAUCAGCCGAAGACUUCUACCUCCAUCUACAUCUACCACCCGAGCUAGACAUUCCUCUACCCGCGACUACCCAGAUUUAUCACCAACCUCCCAGAAGCUACCUGAUCCCUAGAUGGGACCUUGGCCCCGAUAGCGGUGCCUUUACGCGCAUCGAAUUUCCUCCAGUCGGUAGUCGAGAAGGCCUUCAAGAGGAUGUUGAUACCUUUGAGACCAUUCUGGCGCAAUGUACCGCUUUCCUCGAAAGGGCGCCACCACCGAAAACAGCGACAAAGGAGAAGGAGAAGUCAUCCUCGUCGACGCCAAAGAGUUCUACUAGAUCAUCACCAACUACAUCCAAAUCUAAGCUUGCUGCAUCAGAGCAGCUUCCAGCAUACAAUCCAGCCACUUACAAACCUGGAGAGGCUUAUGCAAAGGGUAGUCGGAGUUCUCAGCCAAGCGGCCAGAUCGUACUGGUAGAUGAAGAGGAUGGCAGUGUCAUUGGGGAACUAUCAGAAGGGUACCAGGUUGUCGAGUCCGGCGUGAAGCCGGGUUCUAAAGAUCCUGUCGAGAUUACUCUGCCCAAUGAAGGGUCGAAUAAGCUUUCUGUAGUUCCUGCAUCCGCGGAACUGCUGGAGAUGGAACUACAUCCAGCUUACCAAAAGUCGUUUCUCGUUUCCAAGGCUGCAUAUGCAUCUCGAUUGAUCAUAACAACCUCGGACCUUGUUUCUAACGCCAUGCAAAGUGGGUCAGAAACCUUUGUUAAGAAAACGAAACCUCUAGAAAGGGCCGUUACCUUCACGCCGGCUACACAUGAGCGAGUCCGCCGGAUAGGUAAGUUCUCGGGUGGGGUGGCCGAUCUAUCGUCCAAGACGGUCGGGCAGGUGACCAAAUUGGCUCAGAACGUAGGAGCUACAGUUGCAGGGCGUGGUGUUAAAGAAGGCAAGCGAGGAUACGGUCCAGAUGGGAAACCACUCGAAAGUUUCAAGCCUGGACUGCUGAACAAGAGCUUGAUGGCUUUCACAACUGUUGCUGAUGGGAUUGAUCAUGCUACGCGCAAUCUUCUGAAUUCGGCAUCAACGACAGCAACAACUAUGGUCGCUCAUAGAUGGGGUGCGGAAGCGGGAGAAGUGUCAAAACAUCUUGGCGGGAGCGUUAAGAAUGUCGGCCUGGUCUAUGUGGAUGCCACUGGAGUUUCUCGAAAGGCAAUUAUCAAAGCCGUCGGGAAAGGUAUGGUGGUUGGAAAGGUUAAGGGGGGAGGGGAAAUCAUCGUGGGAGACGACACUGGUAGCCCAGAACCGACGAAAGGGUCAACUGGCUCAAAUGCUAAUCUAGUUGCGGAAUCGGCGAGCAUCAGUGGUUCUUCAGAGAGCAGGACACCAAAGCGUUCCUAGAUUACUUUGAAUGAAUGAAUGUCUAGGUAUGACUAUCAAUAUGGUAUGAAACAAUGUCAAGAACGAAUAAAGCAAAAAAGAUUCAAAGCAGUGAGCGAGUCUGCAAGGGAAGCGAGGGCAGGGCCUUGAUAGCUCAUAUUGUAUAAUAUUAGAGUCGGAAUACAUUUAGUCCAAUGUUUUAUAUAUACCCCUACCUACAUUAUACAUCCAUGGAUACACCAUUGAUCAACAUUGAAUACCUACC